AUGGAAGUAUCAACGCAGACAAAGAGCCAAACAAAAAGAAAACACUUCAUCCAGCAGACUGGCCAAGAAGGAGGUUGGGACGGCGAGCAAGAGGUAGAAGAGGUUGAGGAAGUCGAGAGGAUGAACGGGACGAGAAAGAGAGGAACCAACGAUCAACAGCGGGAAAAUGGGCAGGAGUGCAACAAAAUGGGAAAGAAAAAGAAAAAGGCAACACAAAACUCAGAGACACAGACUCCACGGGCAAAGAACAAAACGACCCAAGCUUUUAAUUGGCGAUUGAUAAAGGUAGACACAGGCAACGAGAGAAUGGGGAAUAAAGAAAAAAUUUCGACACUCAUACAAAAACAUCGGCGAAUUCAACACACUCCAAUGGAGAUGAUCUUGCCAAGUAGACUGUCCCCGACAAAAGACGAUAGGUCAGCGCCACCAACAACAAAGAAUGAAGGAAGAGACAAACAAAGAGAAUAUGAAAUGAAUAAGAGGAAAGAAUACAAAGAAAAAAUGGAAAAAAUGCAAGAAAAGAGGAACGAAGGAAAAGAAUGGGAAAAGUGGACAGUAGGGGAAUUCGUUUGGAAAAACAUGGAUGAUGGAUCAAAGCCAGAAAGGAGACAACCGGGAGAGAUAGAAACAAUAAAGAGGGUAAUAACGAGAAUAAGCGGAGACGAACGACAGACCCAGGAGGGAGAGGGAAUCAGUAAAGAGGAAGGAAGACGAGUAACGUCAGGGAAGAGCAAGAAAGAAGAUAAAGAGCAUAAAGAGGAAGAACAAAAAGAGGAACAGCCUAGCACGGAGAGUCAGCGAUCCCAUAUUUCGCCCCAGAGCCUGAUCACACUGCAGGGAAAAAACUGGGUGAAUGAUGAAGUGAUCAACACUUACCUGACGUUAAUCACAAAUCAAUCUAAGGCAAGCCCGGAGAAACACGUAAAGGUACACGCUAUGAGCUCUUUUUUCUAUCCACGUCUCCAAGCGGGAGGAUAUCCGGCGGUCCAGCGGUGGACCAAGAAGAUCGACCUCUUUUCUUUCGAUAAGAUCCUUAUGCCUCUGCAUUUCGGCAACCAUUGGUGUCUGAUAUCAAUUGAUACUAAAAAGAAAAUCAUCGGUUUCUUUGACAGCCUUCAUGGCGGGGACAGGGGUAGCCUGACCACGACGAUGAAUUACUUAACCCAGGAAGCAAGAGAGAGGAAGAAUCCUGGAUUCAAGCCGGAGGAAUGGGCGAUGAUCAUAAGGAAGAAAAUUCCCCGUCAGAGAAAUAGCUUCGACUGUGGGGUGUUUGUCUGCCUCUUUGCGGAGUAUGAAGUCGCCAAUCGUCGCAUAGAUUUUACACCGGAAGACAUGAAAGAACAAAGAAAAAGAAUAGUGAGGGACAUCGUGGCAAACAAGUUAAAAAGCCUCAAAUAA